ACACACACCUGAACCACGCGCUUUGGCCCGGUUUGUCCCGGGUUAUUACUCAUCAGGACCGGGUCCGAGGUCCGGGUGUCCGACAUGAACCCUCCAACCGGAAGAGAGGAACCGGACCAGCCAGGUAACCCUAACCCAGAACACUACAUGACUCACUCUGCUUCAUCUGGACCGGCUUCAGCAGGAGGGGGCGGGCUUUACCUGAACGCCUACGAAGUCUCAUUUCCCCUGGAGGAGAAUAUGGACCCGCCCCCUUCGUACCACCUGACCAACGGCACUCAGAUGACAGACGACCCAGGUCUCCAGGAUCCGCCCCCCCAUGCCCCCUACAGUCCCUUCAUCCUGGUCUCUAAUCUUCGGGCUCAUCUGUACGUGGCUCUGGAGAAAAACGUGUGGAUGCAGAAACGCAUCGAGGAGCUGGAAGAGGAGAGGAACUAUCUCCGAUGUCAGUUAGACCGAUUUAUAAUCAGCAUGAGGAGUCCGACUGAACAGGUGACUGAUUGGGGCGGAGACUCCCAGCGGGGGGUGAAGGUCCAGCCCACUGUUCCUCCAAACCCCCCCUCCCCAAUGACCACCAGGUCUGGGAUGACCCUCAAACGCCUUCAGGGACCAGGUCUAAGGCCCCGCCGUGGCACCGCCCCCAUCCCAGUGAAGCAGGAGUUCCACCUGGAGGAGGAUAAAUAUUACACCGAUGCUGAGUUUGUGGAGGAAGAGGAUGAAGAAGACGACUCGUCUGUGGAGACGAAGAAAAAGGGCAGAGGGCGAAGGAACGGAGGAGAACCACGGAUGAAGAUGAGGAGAAUCUUCAGGAUCAGCCAUGGACGGGAGAGGCAGAGAGUGAAGGACCCAGAUGGGGUUCUGAUCCGGUACAAGAAGAUCCUGUCCACCUACCAGCGGGUCCGGAGUAUGUCCAGGGCCUUCCAGAUCCACGGCGUGGACAGAAACACCAUGGCGUCCACGUCACCCAUCGCUGAGCUGCUGCUGGUGGCACCAGAGAAGGUGGCGGACGUCGGUGAGUUUGACCCGUCUAAGGAGAAGCUUCUGGAUUAUGCCCGACGCUGUUAUAAGACCAUGGACGAGCAAACGCACGCCAAAGUCCAGAGCAUGAAGAAGACGCACAAGCUGCUGCCCAUCUCCUAUAGGUUCAGGAACUGACCAAUGGGAGGAGCAGCAGGAGGAGGAGGCACCGCCCCCUUUUUUCAGUGUCACUUAAAGAAACAAUAAUAAAUGUGACAAGUCCAACACAGUUAAUGUGAAAACAGUUCAACUCAUUUAAGUGUUUCUUUAGUUUAGUCAGAUGA